AUGUUAUCUUCCCUUGCCAAUGGUGGCACCAAAGAUCACAAAGAAAACAAGAAGAAGAUGGAUCUCAAUGGGGGCCAAGACCACAAUGACAAAAAUAUGAUCGAAAGUUUUACCGUGGGAGAACCAUGCGACAAUGUUAAUGCCGCCGAUCCAUCCAGCAGUCGCUUGAGCAAAAUAAUUGCUAAAUUUCAAGAGCAUCUCGCCGAGAGUAUUAAUCAUUCUCUAGGCUUUCCGGGGAAUUUGGAUUGCAGCCGAUAUAUUGCUUUAUCUCCCUUACUUGGUUUCCAUCUUAACAAUGUUGGCGAUCCAUUCAUCAAGAGCAACUUUGCUUUGAAUUCGAAGAUGUUCGAGGUUGAAGUUUUGGAAUGGUUUGCGCGACUUUGGGCAAUAGGAAAAAAUGAAUAUUGGGGUUAUGUAACCAAUGGAGGGACAGAAGGCAACCUCAAGGGCCUCUUAUUAGGGAGAGAAUUAUUAUCCGAUGGAAUCUUGUACACUUCCAAAGCAUCCCAUUAUUCUAUACUCAAAAUAGCAAGAAUGUAUAGAAUGAAAUGUGAAAUAGUCGAUACUUUAACUACCGGAGAAAUAAAUUGCAACGACCUUAGAGAAAAACUUCUUCUCAACAAGCACAAGCCCGCCAUCGUGAAUGCUACCAUAGGGACUACUUUCAAAGGAGGGAUCGACAACAUUAAUCUUAUCAUAUCGACGUUGUAUGAAUGUGGUUUCUCAGAUGAUCGAUUUUACAUCCACUGUGAUGCAGCUCUGUUUGGACUAAUUUUACCCCUCAUUGAACAGGAGUCGAAUUUGAGCUUCAAAAGGCGCAUAGGAAGCAUUAGUGUGUCCGGGCACAAGCUAUUAGGUUCUCCGAUGCCUUGUGGAGUGUUCAUGACGAGGAACAAGAAUAGAAAUCUCUUGGCACAAAAUAUCGAGUACAUAGCUAGUUUGGACACUACAAUAAGUGGAAGUCGAAAUGGUCAUGCAACAAUUUUGAUGUGGUAUGGACUCAACAUUAAAGGUAUUAUGGGGCUCAAAGAGGACGUCGAAAUGUGCUUGGAAAAUGCCCGUUACUUGAGAGAUGAACUAAGGAAUUGUGGCAUCACGGCGAUGGUCAAUGAAAAUAGCAACAUUGUUGUCUUGGAGCGCCCUCUUGAUGAUGGCUUUGCGAAUUAUUGGCAACUUUCUUGUACGCAAAAAAUGGCGCAUGUUGUUGUCAUGCCCCAUAUUACUACAAAUAUGUUGGAUCAAUUUGUCGAGGAUCUUGUCGAGAAAAGAAGAACUUGGUAUGGAAGAUUUGAUGAUCUUCGACCUCCUUGCCUCGCAGCGGAGAUCGGCAUUUCCAACUGUUCUUGCCAAGUCAAGCAUGAAUCUUGA